UUCUAGAUUUGCACCCUUUCCAGAAUGAGAAAGUAGUACUCGAUUUGAUGCUGCCUCCCACUUUGAUUCCUUCUAGACAGCGAUAGAAGACUGCUUUUUUCCCUCAAUGCACACAAGGGUUGCGCGUUGUAGUGUUCAGAAGAAGGCGCAAAACGAGUUUGACACGUGCGCUUACGUGGCACCGACCUGGAACAAUCGAAGGGGACCGGACUGUCAACGCACUAGACUCUGCAGAGACAGCCCCCAAUCCUUUUCCCCGGCCUCGAUCCAGACUAGACUAUUUGAAGUCCCCUUCUGCUCGACCAGCACGCCGCAGUUUGAGCAUGUUCAGUUCAGACUGAACCAGCUCGUACAGUUAGCUAGCGUCGCAACACAAGCAUUUGGUCAGGACAGGAGGCGCGGAAUGGCGAGCCUCAACGUGCUGCUCCUCCCUGAGCCCGGCUCCGGCCACCUCAUGUCGCUCAUCGAAGCUGGGAAGCGCCUGCUCGGCCACUGCGCCGGCGCCGGAGACGACGAGUUCACGGUGACCGUCCUCGUCGUGCAGCCGCCGACGCCAGAGUCGGCGUCCGAGGUGGGCGCGCACGUGCGGCGCGUCGCGGCGUCCGGCAUUGGCGUCCGGUUCCAUCACCUCCCGGCCGUGGAACCCCCCGCGGACUGCGCGGGCGACCUGCAGGAGUUCAAGUCGCGCUACAUGGAGCUCUACAAGCCACACGUGGAGGCCGCGGCGCGGGAGCUCGGCGCCGCGGCGCUCGUGGUCGACUUCUUCGCCACCACCGUGCUCGACGUGGCGCGCGAGCUCGCCGUGCCGACGUACGUCUACUUCACCUCCACCGCCGCGCUGCUCGCGCUCAUGCUGAGGCUGCCGGCCCUCGACAAGACGGUCGCCGUCGACUUCGAGACGUUUAAGGGCACGGUGGACGUCCCGGGCUUGCCUCCCGUGCCCGCGGGGAACAUCCCCGGGUUCCUGGGACGCAAGGACUGCCCCAACUUCACGUGGUUCGUGUACCACGGCAGACGUUUCAUGGACGCCGACGGCAUCAUCGUCAACACGGUGACCCAGCUCGAGCCGGGGCUUCUCGCCGCCAUCGCGGAAGGACGGUGCGUCCCGGGACGACCGGCGCCGCCGCUGUACCCGAUCGGCCCGGUGCUGAACCUCGGCGUGGAAAAUGCCGCGUCCGACGACGAGGCGUGCGUCCGGUGGCUCGACGCGCAGCCGCGGGCGUCGGUGGUGUUCCUCUGCUUCGGGAGCCUUGGCUGGUUCGACGCCGCCAAGGCGCGGGAGGUCGCCACGGGGCUGGAGCGGAGCGGGCACCGGUUCCUGUGGGCGCUGCGCGGGCCUCCCGCGGCGGCCGGGUCGCGGCACCCGUCGGACGCCGACCUAGACGAGCUCCUCCCCGCGGGGUUCCUGGAGCGGACCAAGGACAGGGGCCUCGUGUGGCCUCGGUGGGCGCCGCAGAAGGCGGUGCUCUCGCACGGGGCCGUGGGCGGCUUCGUGACCCACUGCGGGUGGAACUCGACGAUGGAGAGCCUGUGGCACGGCGUGCCGCUGGCGCCGUGGCCGCUGUACGCGGAGCAGCGCCUGAACGCGUUCGAGCUCGUGUCCGUCAUGGGCGUGGCCGUGGCGAUGGAGGUGGAGGUGGACAGGAGCCGUGACAACUUCGUCGAGGCCGAGGAGCUGGAGCGCGCGGUGAGGGCCCUCAUGGGCGGCGGCGAGGAGGGGCGGAAGGCGCGGGAGAAGGCCGCGGAGAUGAAGGCCGCGUGCCGCAGGGCCGUGGAGGAGGGCGGGUCGUCGUACGUGGCGCUGGAGAGGCUGCGUGAUGCGAUUCGCAAGGCUGCAAAUGCGACAACUGCUCAUUUGGUGAAGGCGCCGCUCAUUUGAGUGAGCCCACGAGUCCAGAUGUUCGCACAUCCAUAUCGACGGGGGCGUCCGUGGUUGAGCUUGCCGGCGUCCGCACACACACAUUACACCAAUUUGCAGCUACAGCUUAGGCCGUUUGGAUGUAGUUGAAUUCAAAUCAAUUCACAUGUGUCGAGAUAGAUUUGAGUGGAACUUGAACUAAAUUCUACUCGAACCCACACCAAUAUACAUGGAUUGAAGUGAAUCCGACUACAUUCAAACAAGGCUUUAUCGGUGUCGGUAAUUGUCUUGUGUAUCUUCAUGUCUA